CUCGGAGGGGGUGGUGGUGGAGGGGGGUUAGUCUAUCCGCCCACGCCUUAAGCCGCUUUAUCCCCACCGAUCUGAGUCGAGCUUCACACUGCUGCAGCUCCGACUGGGUCAGACAAAGUUGGAGACAUUUUACUCGGAGCGAGUGUGUGAGAACCAGGACAGAUGACCGGACUGUGGUGCUGAAGCUGAGCCUUUCAAUCGGACUGGACAGCAGGAGGCGAUAAACAAGUUCAUACUGAGAAUAAACUACCGCAAGAAGCUGGCAGCGGCGGUUCGGACAUGGACCAGACUGGACUUUGGAUGUUCUUGAUAACAACUUGUGUUUUUUCAGAAACAAGUGGACAAAGAGUGGAGAUGGAUGAUGGGAAAUCAGGAUAUGUUGGAUCAAAAGUGGAUCUCCGCUGUCGUUUCAUCAACAGCAACCCGCCUGUUAAAAUCUCCCAGGUAACAUGGCAGAAGCUGGUGAAUGGCACCAAGCAGAACGUUGCCAUUGCCAAUCCGUCUCUGGGUUUGUCUGUGGCCCCGCCUUACAAGGACCGUGUCACCUUCAAGAAUGCAGCAGUCAGACGAAGAACUCCAAAUCUCGAAGAUACAACGAUCUGCUUCUCAUCGCUUCGCCUCUCUGAUGACGCCACGUACAUCUGUGAAUACACCACGUUCCCUGCAGGGAACCGGGAGAACACCGUAAACCUCACUGUCUAUGUCCGACCUACAACUCAGAUGAGUCUGUCCACCCCGACGCUGGUGGCUCGGUCUUCAAACCUAAAAACUCCAGUAGCGACCUGCAUCUCUGCCAACGGAAAACCACCUGGAACCAUCAGGUGGGAGACGAGGGUUCCAGGAGAGGUGACCACCCGGGAGUAUGUGAACCCAGAUGGGACUUUCACGGUUCAGAGCGACUACAUCCUGGUGCCCAGCAGAGAAACACACCGGGAGAUACUCACCUGUGUCACCAUGUACAACGAGGAGGUCUACACAGAAAGCGUCACCCUUGAUAUUCAGUAUGAGCCGGAAGUCACAAUCGAAGGGUUUGAUGGAAACUGGUACUUGAACAGAGAGAACGUCCAGCUGAUCUGUCGUGCUGACGCCAACCCACCUGUCUCUCUGUAUCAGUGGAGACUGAUCAAUGGCUCCAUUUCAAGCAACAUUGAAAUCCGAGACAACGUCCUCUUGUUUAAAGGUCCAGUCACGUAUGACCUGCAGGGAUCAUAUGUGUGUGAUGCUACCAACAGCAUCGGUACAAGAUCAGCCUCGGUGGAGAUCGGCAUCUUAGAAAAGCCUUUACCGCAGAUUGCAACAGGUGAUGUCAUCAGUGUAAUCGCCUUACUAUUGGCUGCUGGAGUGCUGAUGGGCAUCACUGUCACAGUCCUAGUUCUCAAAAUCAGAAGCAGAAAAGAAAACCCAGACGAUUCUCCGUCCAGAAAACAGCCGAUAAGGAAAAGACCAGAUGAUAUCCAGCAUUCAGGGCGGUUUUAUGAGGAACUUCCAAACACAGCUGACUAUGUAAGCUACAGACUGGCAUGUAACAAGGAGGAUUACCCAGAACCCUUCUCUCCUCCCAUCAACAGCCCUCUGUCUUUUCUGCCCCAGCAACCCUACCUCUCUACACAACAAGCUAUGCCUGCAAUGGCCACCAGCUGCACCAGCACCCCGUCCAAAAACACAUUUGUUCCCCCUUCACACAACACAGUUUUUAAAUACCCAUCCGUCCCAGGUUUAUCUUCUCCUCCAGUAGUGGGGUCAUACACUUUUCCGAAGGAACAGUACGUCUGAAGGGACAUCAUAUCUGCACUGAGCAUUUCAACUGAAGAGAGGAACCUAGCUGGAUUAUCAGGCAGUGUUUCUGCAUCCCACACAGCUAUGGAGCUUAGAAGACACUGGUUAUUUGGUUUCUAUGUUAUUGUUGUCUGACUUGUAAACCUAGACUUUCCAUCAGAUCCGUAACAUCAUAGAUGCAUUUUCCCUGAGGCUUCUGUAGCGUGCCCCUUCCCACUGGGAGCAUUUCAGAAGAGCAGCAGCUGCUGUGUUCAGUGCAGCUGGUCCUGCAAGAUCACAAAAUCACAGGAGAAAUGCAAGAUCAAUCAUGCUUUCGGCAGUUCACUCAGUAACAAGCGAGGAGAAGGACAACGAUAUGCGCCACUUAUGCAUCUGGUGGAAAGCCAGGAUUAUUUAAAAAAGAGGGGUCCAUGUUUAGAUUUCAGAGUAGGAAAUUCAUUAAAAAAAGUGAAUUAUAUUUUAAAUGAAAAAUAUUUUAUUUCAUUAGGCUGAAAGGAUUACCUGGACAUUGUUUACUCACUGCUUUAUCCACCAUCAUUUUGUAAAACAAUAAAAACAUUUGGGAAAAAAGCAACUCUUUGUGUCAACUCCCUACCUUAUCUCUGGCAUCACUCGUGUCAUUCUGUGUUGUACAUAAAGCCAAUCCAUUAAUUUACAAGUUUGCUAUUGCCUCUUGGUUUUCAGAAAUUUUUUUUUUUCUGUGCUUGUAUUUGUAUCAUUUAUGUUUUUCUUUGUAAUGAGGAUAAACUUUCUAUCUCUGGGGGAUUUAUAAAAAUAAAUGUUUCUUUUGGUGUCUGUGACUGUUGGGCAAACACUGGACAUUUUAGCCCUUAAUAAAAAUGAUCAAGUGAAAAAUGUCGUAAUUUUU